UACACUACAAGUUGAAUACUGUCCGCAUCCAGCUCCAAAGCGUGUAACUCUUAGCUCCGCCCCUCUCCAAGAUUAGCGCACCGCACAUGCGCCUUUCUUCAAACAAGAUGGCGGCGCCCGUGCUGAGAGCCGGCCGUCGCUGCCUGAGCGCGGAGACGAGGGUGUUCAGGCCCCGCCGGGGAGUCCACGUUCAGCCCCCGAAGGAGAAAGGCCUCUUGGCCUCCCAGUGCGAGCGGGGCCUGUUCCAUGAGGUGUUUCCCCCGCAGGCCGCCGAGGAGCAUCUCCUCCGCCUUCUGGAGCCCGGCCGCCCGCCUAUCGCGGUCUACUGCGGCUUCGACCCGACGGCCGACUCGCUGCACGCCGGCCACCUCCUGCCUCUCCUGGGUUUGCUGCACUUCCAGCGCGCGGGCCACGACGUCAUCGCCCUGGUGGGCGGGGCCACGGCGCGGCUGGGCGACCCCAGCGGCCGCACCCAGGCGCGCGAGCCCCUCUCGGAGGAGAAGGCGCGCGCGCAGGCGGAGGGGCUGCGCGAGGGCCUCCAGCGGAUUUUCCAGAACCACCGCGAGCUCUUUUGGAGCGGCGCGCGCCUGGGCCGCCUCACCCUAUUGGACAACACCUCCUGGCUGGCGCGCGAGACCGUGCUGGGCUUCCUCUGCGGCCCGGCCGGGGUCCGGCUGCGCAUGAGCACUCUGCUCAGCCGCCAGAGCUGCCGGGCGCGCCUCGAGAGCCCCGAGGGCAUGGGCCUGGCCGAGUUCCUCUACCCGGCGCUGCAGGCCUAUGACUUCCUCCACCUGCGCCGCCACCACGGCUGCCUCGUCCAGCUGGGCGGCGCCGACCAAUUGGGCAACAUCAUGUCGGGAUACGAUCUGGUCUCCAAGGUUACAGGUGAAGAUGUAUUUGGAAUAACUGUGCCACUGAUUACAAAUACUGUUGGAAAUAAAUUGGGGAAAUCUUCUGGGAAUGCAGUCUGGCUAAACAGAAACAAGACCUCUCCUUUUGACCUAUACCAGUUUUUUGUCCGACAGCCAGAUAAAGAUGUAAAAAGGUAUCUGAAGCUUUUCACUUUCCUUCCUCUUCCGGAAAUUGAUCACAUUAUGGAAAUGCAUGCUAAAGAGCCUGAGAAAUGGGGACCGCAGAAACGACUUGCUGCCGAAGUAACCAAGCUUGUUCAUGGAAAAGAAGGUCUGGAAUCUGCUAAGAGAUGUACAAGGGCCCUUUAUCACAGUGAUAUAGCAGCACUGGAGACUAUGCCUGAUCAAGAACUACAGGAACUCUUCAAUGAGGCACCCUAUGUUGAGCUGCUGCUUGAACCUGGAACAACAGUACUUGAUUUGUGUCGGAAAGCUAAUGCGAUUGCAGAUGGACCAAGAGGGCAUCGUGACAUAAUAAGCGGUGGCGUUUCUAUAAACCACAUCAAAGUUACUGAUCCUGAUGCUGUUCUUGUUCUUGGACAACAUAUUUUGCGGAAUGGUUUGUCACUCCUUCGGAUUGGAAAGAGAAAUUACUAUAUUGUGAAAUGGCUGCAGUUGGCAUAUGAAGAGCAAAACUGCUAACCUUUUGCAGGUAUAUUAGGAAAACGUGCAUUACUUGAAGAACUUCAAGACAAAGUAUGUACAUCACGUAAUAUAACGUAAGCCUAACCCCAAGAAGAAUGGGACGUUUGUGGUGCUGAUACUUUUUCUCACUGUGUGAGAUUUGAACUAUAGGAUUACUUGGAAAAUGGAUCUCAUUUCAUACUUGAAUCACAAAACAUGUAUUCUACCCAAAUAAUGUAAAGAUUGAAGAAUUUGUAAUAUUGCCUACAAUAAAAAACCCAAAUAACUUUUCUGUUAUAUUGUGUGUAUUACAAAGAAUAUAAAUGCAAAUAUUGUCGUAAAAAAGCAACCUUCCAUGAUGAAUAGUGUGGAUUCCUAUUUGAUAUCACUAUACUUGGCCUUUCCAGAAUAUUUUUGAAAACAUUUUAUCACCUAGUAGAUGUUGGAUACUGUUCCAUUUCAGCCAUGCAAUUCUAUCAGGUGCACCCUGUUAGAUUCAUUUUGAAUAUUAAAUAAAUAUUUACAUUUCUAGA